CCAUUGAAGGAAAAAAGCAUCAAUAUUCACACUCUUCUAUCGUACAUCUUUAGCCAAAGUAUCGUUGAGAUGGCAUACUUUAAGCAAGCUUUUCUCUUGAUUGCUCUCUUUGUUGCAAUUACAGUUAAUCUCUCUGGGUCUCCUAAGAUGCAAGUGAUGGCUUUACGAGACUUACCCGAAGAUGUUGCAUCGAUGAAAAAUAAAUUACUUCCAUUAGGUGAUAUAAUAACUUGCCUUAAAUAUUGCAACGUCGAAAGCGAUUGCAGUGAUGGAUGGGUUUGUUACAAUUGUGUUCCAUCUGCAUUUAAGGGAUGGAGAUCUCAAUGUGACAAGCUUACUGCUACUGGUGAAGGUUAUUUUGGAACUAAACUUCGCGCUAAGCACAGCAAAAUAUAAAUUAUAUUGCUGCAAUAUAUGGACUAUUUAUAAAUGCUUGAUCUUCGUGUUAUAUUCAAGCAUUUUAAAUAAUAUAAUGUUGUGUUUCCUACUUGUCCAAGUUUGUGUAAGAAAAUGAAUAUGUAACCAAGUUUCUUAUAUGCAGUUCAUUAUGAAUUAUAUCUUCUCUAUUUUCCCUAUUGAA